UUGUCGCAACAAAGUUGAAACCACGUGCUCUUUCCUUCCCCCUUGCUACCAUCUCAACGAAAAUUAGUUUUUGUAAUUUCCAAUUCUUUGUCAUUUUUGUAUUGCCCCAGUUACUGACACAAGGAGAAGAUUUUUUUUAGUACUAAAUCGUUCGAAAUAAUCAUUUAGUUUUCCUUUUAUUUACAUUUUUAUUUUUUUAUUUUCAUAGUUAACGAAAAGAUAAUAUUUCAUAUAUAUGUAAAGAAAAUCUUUUGUAUACUGUGCAAUCUGAUACUCGAUGGAACGUCGAGUCCCUUUUGGUGCCGGUAACUGACACCCUUCAGGCCCACUUUCUGACAGGUUAGGUUGCUGUCAAAUACGAGUUAGAAGCCGGGUCAUCUGAAAUCGGGGGGUAUCCGAACAGUUAACACUACACUGUUAUUACCCGUAAAGACUUCACAGCUGAUUAUUUCGUAUUAUUUGUACAUUAAGGUGUCAGGUACUAGAGCAGUGUCUAGCUCAUGCUGUGUCGUUUGCGAAGAGAACAGACAGAUGAGAAUAGAAUAGAAGAAUGGCGGAAGGUAAAAAGGACGAAGACCGAGAGCCAGGGACUAGUCGUCACGGAAAUUUCAUAAAUUACUACAAGUUUCAUCCUGCUGACGAGCGUGUGCGACAACUUCCGCGAGGCGUGUGGCAGUUGAGAAACAGCGACCGGAAAUACAGUGCUCUAGACGUCGGCUGCAAUGCUGGGGAAUUGACAAUCGAACUCCACAAAGUUCUUAAAGAACAAUUACCAAUCGAAACUGAUGUUCAAGUACUCGGAAUUGACCUGGAUCCCAUUUUAAUCGAAAGAGCGCGUGAAACUUGCUCCAAUCCCUCCAUAAAUUUCGAGUGUCUCGAUUUUUUCUCUGAAGACAGAGAAAUGGUGUUAUCUGAUUACUUGAAGAAGCUGAAGAGGACAGAAUUUGAUGUCGUCUUCUGUUUUUCAAUUACGAUGUGGAUUCAUCUUAAUCAUGGAGAUGAAGGGCUCGUGAAGUUUUUGGAGGACAUUUGUAAAGUGACAAAAGUGCUUGUGAUAGAACCGCAACCAUGGAAGUGCUAUAGGAACGCAUCGCGGAGAAUGAGGCGGAGCGGUGAAGAGGACUUUCCACUUAUAAAUAAGUUGAAGUUGACUGGAGAGAUGGAAAAACAUGUAGAGAGGAUUGUUUGUGGGGAAAAGCACGGCUUUCACCAGAUUAUCACCACUGGGGAUAAUAAUUGGGGCAGGAAAAUUCUCAUUUUCGAGAGAAAAGAAUUGUAA